AACGAUACCCUACGUCCUGGUGUAGUUGCAAUCGAGGAGCAAUGGUGCUUGGAGUAUCUGGAGUCUUCGAUGUUUUGGGGUCCUCAAUUCACCAUUCAGAACACAAGAAAAACUGCAAAUGUCGGGGAUUAUGAACAAGGAGGUUAUUCCCUGUCGGACUGCUUCAUUGAAAUUCACAAUUGACAAUAUUCUUAGUCUGAAGCAAAACAACAACAGCAACUUGGAUGCAUACGACUCAAAAGUGCAGAGCGACGCCGGCUGUACAAAUAUUUUUACCCACCGAUAUGAGCACUACGACGUAGAAAGAAGGCAUGAGUCAAACUACACACACACCGAGACAGCGCAAACAAACAGCACCCGCCACGAUGCCUCCACUCGUGCGCUUUCUGUCUGCGGGGAGGACGUCAAGGCGACGAAGAUGAUUGACACUUGUCCAAGGACGGAGAGCACUAGCAGCUGCGACGAUGUACCUGAGCAACAUAAAGGCAACUCGAAAACCAAAGCAAUGGCAAAGAAGAAAACACGCACUAUAUUCUCCAAGAGGCAAAUUUUUCAGCUGGAAUCUACCUUUGACAUGAAAAGGUACCUGAGCAGUGCAGAACGCGGGUGUCUGGCGAAUUCAUUACAACUUACCGAGACCCAAGUGAAAAUUUGGUUCCAGAAUCGUCGGAAUAAAUUGAAGCGACAGUUAUCCACGGACAUUGAAGGACCAGUUCCAGUCGACCACUUUUCAGAUGUCGGGAAAAAUGUGCAAUUACCAACUCUUUACAAAGAUAGCAACAUAUUGGGCGGAUGUUUGCUACCAAUGCCUUUCCCUGUUAUGUAUCCAGGAAACAGCGCGCCUUACAUUUAUUUUUCAAAUGCUGGUAAAUAUUUUAGCCUUUUCGAUGCAGACGGAUGACUUUUAGGGAUGUAGCCUACUCUGGAAUGCGCUACCCAGUCGACAUCCAUGGCAAUCCAAAACGUUUGAUUGCCAUGGAUGAACCCACUGACACAUGGUAGUAACGUUUUACUUUUGUAAAUUUCAUUUUGAAGAAUGUUAAUACAAAUUCAGCAUCACUGAAUAUGCCACAUUUCUUCCGUAUACAUAGAUAAUAAUAGGGCUAUUCAGUUUAUGCUGGCUUUCACAAUUGCAAACAAUUAAGUUAAUACAAAGUUAUAUGGUUUUGGGUGAGUUGAAAUAAAGAUUAGGGCCCAAGGGGAGCCUAUAUAGUCGGUGUAGCCUACACGUUAUUAUUAUUAUUAUUUUUUAUAUUAUUAUAAAGUAUAUUAUAAUGAUUAUUUCUACUUUUCCCACAGCUAUUUCAUCAAUGAUUACGCACCAUACCAAAGUAUGAUCUAUGCAUGCAUUAUUGUUACUUGAUCCAUUUUAUUUUGUACAGUAAUGACAUUUGAAUGAAUGUAUGUUUAUGUUGUGUUUGAGAUUUGAUCUUUGACCUUUUGGUUCACUUUAUUAGGCCCACCUUUGUUAUCACACCAGUAGUUGUUGCUUGCUUCCUAUAUAGUUCCAUGUAACAUGUUCUAAGUAUUGUAGCUAUAGUCUUACAUUGUUGACAUAUCUUUCUCUCUGUGCAGUCUAAUUAGAGUUUAAUUUAUAUGGCCUUACUUUUGCAGUUCCAUGUUCAUUUAUACUCUCUCUUUUUUUUUACAUCUCAUUAUCUAAUAGCAUUUUAAAGGACAGAUUGUAAAGCUGUUGACUUAUAUCAUGAAGAUGAUAAUAUGCAAUAAAAUGUUGUAAUAUUUGCGA